AUGAUUAGCGAAGGCGACUCGGAUGAAGGCAUGGGCGAAGCUCCACAAGAACCUCAAGCAGAACUUCUUCCUAUCAAACUUCUCGUUGAACGACGGACUAGAGCAGCCCUAUCCGCUCCGGCGGACGCGGGAUAUUCAGUUACGCCUGAUGAUCUCGCCAAAUUGAUACCGGCUCACCCUUACAAGGCUAAAAUCACUGUGGGUUACUUCCAGGUAUCUUACAAGCGAGUGAUUGACAAUAUUCCUUCCAUGAUCGACUUGAAGUCUGUUAAAGCGAUAGCCAAUAGGUUGCGGCCUUUUCUCAUUGCAAGCUUCCAGCUCGCACCCCAAUCUACUAGCCGCCGGUGUGCCGAGUACCUUGAGGAGGACAAGGCUAUUGUCAGCCGUAAAACUGAGUUGCAGGCGGCCGAGGCGGGGCUGGAGGAGGUUGAGAAGGAGCUGUUCAAAUUCAAAUGGAAUUCGGCGUCGCAGGCUGUCGCAAGUCGCGACCUGCGACAAGCCAACGACAUGUUCACCGAACCACCGGCCAACGACGAGAACUCUGGAAUUGAUGCAGGCUCAUCUAUCCGGGCCAUGAAGCGCAAACUCGAUGAUGCUUUCUCUUCGCUAGAUGAUGCAGUCAAACCACAAGACGACUCAGAACGUCCACCACCUGCAAAACGGACACUCGUUACACGCUCCUUGUACUCCACUUUGGCGAAAUACGGCAUCAAGAGCAAGUCAAAGGAGCCACCACCAGCGUUGGAUGCUACGGAAAAGCUGAGCACUCUUUCGAAACCGACCCCACAUCUCACCGCGAUCCUGAGUCGCGCUGCAUCUCGUACGCGUAAAGCACUUCCGUCCUUCAAGUUUCCCUCUUCGGCUUCGAGUGCCUCCCCGACGUCCACAAUACACAAUAGUGUCGAAUACCGGCCCUCAUCUACCCCCUCUUUCCUUUCACGACUCGCCACGUUCAAACUCACGACCUAUGCCAACAAGCCUGCGCCCAUCGACGCCGUUGCAGCGGCCAAGUGCGGCUGGAUCAACGACGGGAAGGACAGGCUGGUUUGUGGGUUAUGUGGUGUCUCGUGGGUAGUAGCUGGGAGGGAGGGGAUGUCUCGUGAUGCCGCCAAUGCGUUGGUUGAGAAGCAGCGUAAUCAACUGGUGCAGUCUCAUAAGGACGGCUGCCCAUGGAAAACUAGGCAAUGCGAUGAUUCAAUAUAUCGGAUCCAGCUCAAGCCUCCGGCUACGACAGUGCACGAGCUGAAAUCGAGUGCUUUGGGCUUGGAGACUGUUCUCCAAGGUGUGGAAAUAAAACAUCCGUUGACAUCUGCACAGCUGAGCACAUUGAAAUCCACCGUCUCGUCUUUCACACUCCCGCCCAGCAUCUCGGACCUCACCAUUGGAUCCGAAACACCGAAUGCCCCUCCUCCGUCAGAGCCGUCCGAAACUGCGAUUCUAACAGCGCUGUUCGGAUGGUCCAUCGUCCCCCCGCCAACCGCAGAGCGUCCGAAAUACAGCUCGAUAUCUCGCGCCGCAUCGCUGUUCCCUUCGCGCUCCUCUACGCCGUCGAUCUCACGCGCCGCGUCACGAGCAGCCACGCCGAAUCCCCCUACGUCCAUCUCUCGAGCCGGGACGCCCUCGAGACUAAGCUCAAUUUCGACCGCUGGAAUUGCACCGGCCCGCCCGCGUUCAGCAGUUGCUGGCAAUGAGAAGAUGCUGCAUUGCGUGCUGUGUCAAAGGCGUGUGGGGCUGUGGGCGUUUGCGCCUGCGGUUCCUGCGGCCUCCAGCGAUUCGCCCCAGGUUCCACCUUUACCAUCAUCGAUCCGGACUGCAAGGAGGCAGUUUGAUCUGCUCAAAGAACACCGAUCAUAUUGCCCCUUUGUUGUGAAAUCAACGAUCGUGCCCGCGCUACCCGUUCCUCCCCCAUCUGCCGGUUCAUCUCCGGCAAGCGACGCUUCGACGACAGGCCGCUUCAAUUUCUCGGUGUACUCGUUGAGCUCGCAGGCGCUCACUGCUGCUGGGGUGAACAAUGCAAUGGAAGGGUGGAGGGCGGUGCUGACGGUGAUCGUGAGGUAUGGAUUGAGUCAAAGGCAGCGUAAGUUGAGUAGGAGCGCGACUACUGAUACGGACGCGGAGGGGAAUGAUGGGAUGGAAGUUGAUGGAGUUGAAGCGAUGGUUGAAGGCGUUAAACGACGCGGGGGAAAAGACUUGUUGCGAUACGUGAAAGGUCUACUAGGGUGA